CAGCAAUUUACUGCUAGUGUACAGUCACCGUAAUAAGUCACGUGGGCUGGUGUUGCAAAGCAACAGAAAAAGUACAGCACAAAAAGCUGUAGUACAUUGGGCCUUAAUUUGGAAAGCUGUAUGAGACGUUGAUGGAGAGGCAUGGCCCGCAUAUCUCUACCCUCUUUGGACUCCUCCCUUCCAGGGAUACCCCAAAGUGUCCUGGCUGUUUCCAUGGAAGCGAAGUACCAAUGCCAGCAGUGUCACCAGGUCCUGAGGAAGCCAGUCCAGGCUCAGUGUGGACAUCGUUUCUGUGUCCAUUGUUUCAAACUGCUCACCAGCUCCGGCCCAAAGCCCUGUGAAGCCUGUCGACAGGAGGAGAUAUAUGAGGAGCCACAGUCCAUUCUCAAUAGUAAUGAGGCUUUUCCAGACAAUGCAGCUGGUAGAGAAAUCGCCAGCCUGCCUGCCAAAUGUAUCAGUGAGGGAUGCUCUUGGACUGGUUGCAUAAAAGAAUAUGAGGCACAACACGAGGGCAAGUGUGAGUAUGAGCGAGUACCAUGUGAAACCUGCCAGGUCCUCAUCCUGCGCAGUGAAAAAGAGAGGCAUAAUGAGAGAGAAUGUGAAGCAAGGACAUUGAACUGCAAGUACUGCAAAGUCUCCUUCAACUUCAAGGAAAUCAAGGCUCAUGAUGAAAUCUGCCAGAAGUUUCCCAUGCAGUGCAAGGACUGUGGAAAGAAAAAGAUCCCACGGGAAAAGUUUCUAGAUCACAGCAGAUCCUGUGCCAAGUCUAAGACUGCAUGUCCGUUCAGUGAGGUCGGCUGCAAGGUUGUGAUUGAUAAUGGGAAGCACAGUGACCACGAGCAGACUAGUGUCAUGGAGCACCUGCGUCUGAUCCUGGCGACGAUGUCUCUGGUGCGGCUUCAGCGUCCAGAGGCCCCAGGGCUGGGGGAGUGGCAGGAGGACUCUGGGCUGGGCCUGUACCGCGCUCCCGAGGAUGGAGCCACAGCUACUGCAGCCACAGAUGGGGGAGGAGCUGCUGCCUCUGGACAGACCUUUGGUCUUGACCACAAGGUGAGAGCACUGGAGAAUAUAGUGUGUGUACUGAACAGGGAAGUAGAGAGGAGUUCUCUCACUUUAGAGGCCUUCUCACGGCAACAUCGUCUAGACCAAGACAAGAUUGAGAACCUCGGCAACAAGGUACGUCAACUAGAGCGUACUCUCACCAUGCGGGACCUACAACUGGCUGAGACAGACCAGACUCUGAGAGAACUCCAGUUUUGCACCUUUGAUGGUGUCUUUGUCUGGAAGAUCGCCGACUUCUCACGGCGCCGCCAGGAUGCUGUGGCCGGGCGAACACCCGCUAUGUUCUCACCAGCAUUCUACUCAAGUAAAUAUGGCUAUAAGAUGUGUCUGAGACUGUAUCUGAAUGGGGACGGAACGGGUCGAGGGACUCACCUUUCUCUUUUCUUCGUGGUGAUGAGGGGCAAGUGUGACGCUCUGCUCAAAUGGCCCUUCAGUCAGAAGGUGACACUGAUGCUGCUGGAUCAGAAUAACAGGGAGCAUAUCAUUGAUGCCUUCCGGCCUGAUGUAAGCUCCACCUCUUUCCAGCGGCCAAUCAGUGAGAUGAACAUAGCCAGUGGCUGCCCACUCUUCUGCCCAUUGGCUAAACUGGCAGGCAAGAGCUCCUACCUUAGGGAUGACACCAUUUUCAUCAAGGCCAUUGUAGACCUCACAGGCCUGUAGUGACUGUGGAAGUCAAAGGCUUGUAGAAGUGGUGGUCAAAGGUCUGUAGAAACAGGAAGGGGUAGUUAAAGGCCCAAAAAUGCACAGCAGAAAAACACACACAAUGAUGACUUAUGACCAUAAAAUACAUUUAAUUAUAAAUAUAUUAAAUAAUAUAAUAUAAUUAUAAGCAUAAUCUAGGCAGUGUCUAUUUAGCCAGCUAACAGCAUUUGAAUAAACUCAGGUGGGUCAGAAAUUCUCUCAGGGAGAGCGCUAUCUCAAGCGUUCGGUCCAUUCGUCAGAUCUGCAGGAUUAUAUAGAUAUUGUGAAUUGUAUUCAUUGAAGGCACUGGGAGUCACAUUUGUGGAACCAUCAAGUGUGCAGGAUGCACCACCAGUUGCAUGAUAAGGCAUUUACAGGGUAUUUCCAACAUAUUGUUAAUCAGAUUGCAAUGGAGGGUCUAGUCCACCCCAUAUGGGCCAUCUACAAGUGACGUAUUGUUCACCAUAGUUCACACUGUAAUAUUUAAAGUGAUAGUUACAGAGUCUUAUAGUGGAUGUCAGAAAUAGAUCUCGCAUAUGGGACAAUGGAGCGCCCUUCACUGGUAACGAAAAGAGAGAUCAGUAGAUUGGACACCAUUGCCUUG